GUUCCUGGAGACGGUGGUCGCCCCACCAUUAACCCUGAUCUUAUUAAUGCAGCCUUUCCCUUGACGCGGCCCAGAUGGGACUAUAACACCACAGAAGGUAGGGGACGACUGCUCAUAUAUCGCCAGACUCUAAUGGCGGGUCUCCGGGCUGCAGCACGCAAGCCCACUAAUUUGGCCAAGGUGUACUCAGUAAUACAAGGUAAGACAGAAAGCCCUGCUGUAUUCUUAGAAAGACUAAUGGAAGCCUUUAGGCAGUACACUCCCAUGGAUCCCGAGGCUCCUGAGAAUCAAGCCGCUAUUGUAAUGUCUUUUGUAAACCAGGCCGCACCAGAUAUUAAGAAAAAGCUCCAGAAAUUAGAAGAUUUAGAGGGUAAACAGGUUCAAGAUCUACUCCGCAUUGCUCAGAGGGUAUAUAACAAUCGAGACGCCCCUGAGGAAAAACAACUCAAAGCCACCAGAGAAAUGACUAAAAUUUUAACUACCAUUAUUCAAAAGGAUCAAGGGCUGCCCCUAGAUAAAGACCAAUGUGCUUACUGUAGAGAAAAGGGACACUGGAAGCGAAACUGCCCUAAGAGAAAGCCAGUCUACAAAAGGACAAACUCUUGGCAGCCCAAGGCGGCUCCGGUCUUAUUCACUCAGGAUGAAAUAGGGGGGACGGACCCCCUCCCCGAGCCCAGGGUAGCCUUACAAGUGGAGGGGACUCCUAUACAGUUCCUUGUAGACACAGGAGUUCAAUAUUCAGUGCUAACCAAUCCUCACGGAAAAAUUUCUGACAGAUCAGCCUGGGUGCAAGGUGCAACAGGGACUAAAAAAUAUCCUUGGACCACCCAGCGUACUGUGGAUCUGGGAACAGGGAAGGUAACCCAUUCCUUUUUAGUCAUCCCAGACAGUCCCUGCCCACUGCUGGGAAGAGACCUCCUCACUAAAAUGGGGACACAAAUUCACUUCCAGCCCGGAGGACCUAUAGUGACAAAUUCUCAAGAUCAGCCCAUAUCGGUCCUCACCAUGUAGCUAGAAGAUGAAUAUAGACUCCAUCAAGUUCCGCCUCCCCCGGAACAAAAUAUUGACUUUUGGCUUAGCCAAUACCCAGAGGCCUGGGCAGAAACCAGGGGAAUGGGGUUAGCAAAACAUAGGCCUGCUUUGUUCAUUGAACUCAAGUCAGGAGCCGACCCUGUGAGAGUUAAACAAUACCCAGUGUCUACAGAAGCUAGACUAGGCAUCACACCGCACAUCUGCCGUCUCCUUGAAAUUGGAGUCCUCCAAACUUGCCACUCGGCAUGGAACACCCCCUUAUUGCCGAUACGCAAACCCAACAGCAACGAUUACCGCCCAGUACAAGACCUAAGAGAGGUCAAUAAACAUGUGAUGGAUAUUCACCCUACUGUACCCAACCCUUAUACUCUCCUCAGCACCCUCAACCUGAACAAACUGUGGUAUACUGUCCUUGACCUAAAAGAAGCUUUUUUCAGCCUGCCGCUAGCUCCUAAGAGCCAAGAGAUCUUCACAUUUGAGUGGACAGAUCCUGAACAGGACAUAAAUGGACAGCUCACAUGGACCCGGCUCCCACAAGGAUUCAAAAAUUCCCCCACGUUAUUUGAUGAGGCUCUCCACGAGGAUCUAAGUGAGUAUCGAAGACUAAACCCCGAGAUGACUCUUUUGCAGUACAUGGACGACCUCCUGAUUGCAGCAGAAACCCAAGAGGCCUGCCUCGAAGGAACCAAAAACCUCCUUCAGACCCUAGGAGACUUAGGAUACCGUGCUUCUGCUAAAAAGGCCCAACUCUGCAAAUCGGAGGUAACAUACCUGGGGUACAUUCUAAAAGGGGGAAAAAGGUGGCUUUCUGAGGCCCGAAAACAGACAGUGACUCAAAUCCCAGUACCCAAGACGCCUCGCCAAGUACGAGAGUUUUUGGGUACAGCCGGCUUUUGCCGGCUCUGGAUACCGGGUUUCGCCUCAAUGGCAGCCCCCUUAUACCCCUUAACUAAAGAAAACUCUCCCUUCAUAUGGGAGCCAGAACAACAAAAGGCUUUUGAUGACAUCAAACGCGCCUUGCUGUCUGCGCCAGCCCUCGCACUACCUGAUGUAUCCAGACCUUUUACCCUUUACGUAGAUGAACGAAAGGGUAUAGCUCGAGGGGUAUUAACCCAAGCUCUGGGGCCCUGGAAGAGACCAGUGGCCUACCUGUCUAAACAACUUGACCCGGUAGCAAGAGGAUGGCCGAACUGUCUUAGGGCUAUUGCAGCAGUAGCUAUCUUAGUCAAAGAUGCCGAUAAAUUGACUAUGGGACAAAAAUUGACAAUAGUGGCUCCUCAUGCACUCGAGAGCAUCGUCCGCCAGCCUCCUGACAGGUGGCUCUCCAACGCUCGGAUGACACAUUAUCAGAGUCUCCUCCUUAACAAGGAGCAUAUUCAGUUCGCCCCUCCCACCGCCCUAAAUCCAGCCACCCUACUCCCUGAAACGGACUUAGAAGUUGCGAGAAUAGUCCACUCGUGCCAAGAAAUCCUCGCAGAGGAAACUGGGAUCCGGCGAGACCUCACCGACUUGCCUCUCCAGGACGCAGAGGUCACUUGGUAUACUGAUGGGAGUAGCUACAUAAUAGAAGGUAAGCGGUUGGCCGGGGCAGCUAUAGUGGACUCUGAGACUGUCAUAUGGGCCAGCAGCCUGCCCGAGGGGACAUCCGCCCAGAAGGCUGAAUUAAUUGCUCUGACACAAGCCCUCAAGCUAGCUGAAGGAAAAAAGGUCAACAUUUAUACGGACAGCCGAUAUGCUUUUGCAACGGCCCAUGUCCAUGGCGCUAUUUACCGGCAGAGGGGGCUACUAACUUCAGCAGGAAAAGAAAUUAAAAAUAAAGAAGAGAUCUUGAGUCUCUUGGAGGCCAUCCAUAAACCCCUUAAGGUGGCCAUCAUGCACUGCCCAGGGCACCAAAAAGACAAGUCUAAAAUAGCCUUGGGAAAUCAAAGAGCCGACAGAGAAGCAAAAAAAGCGGGACGGGCUAGAUCCCUGGGGCGGAUGCGCAACCCAAGACAGACGGAGUAUGUUAAGAUCCCUCCCUUUUUACGUCUGCCCCGGCUUCCACCGAGCAAGAUCUCUAAACCCCAAAUGUGGGGGCGCUUCUGA